CCGUUCGAUUGGAAUUCUCUCUUCCAUGUGCCUCAACCCAUCAUCAGCCACCGCUAUCUGUACAGGUAGUUAACAGCCAAAGAUGGCCGACAAACUCCGUACCCAGCAAGAACUCGAGCGGCUCCAGGCCAAGUACGUCGGCACCGGUCACCCAGACACGACGAGCUGGGAGUGGAAGACCAACAUCCACCGCGACACAUACUCGAGUAUCGCCGGACACCCACCGCUUCUGUCGUACAUCGCACUUGCAGAGAACGAGCCGGUAGCAAAAGUUCGCAGCCGGAUGAUUCGUAAGAUGCUACAACCCGUCGGUCCCCCGCCGCCCCGGGAAGGUGACGAGAUCUUCGUCCCACCGCGACAGAACGGAUCAUGAGUGCAUGUUAGAUUGUGCUGGAGACGAGACACACUGAAUCCAAAGAUUGGGGCAGGCCAGACAGGGGCAGGCCAGACAGGGGCAGGCCAAGGAAAGCCGAGAGUUGGUUACAGUUGAUGGAAUCGAGAUGGCAUGCGUGUGCCGCAAUGCGGUUGACCGUCGCGGUCAAUGGGUC